CAGCGACUCCCCCACCAACAACAAUGUGGACAGAACUGAUGGUCGGGCUCUGAAUUGCGAGACUUUCACACCAGCACACUUGAUUCUGCAGCAGACAGCUAAGCACAGGUUUCUUUUCUUCACGCAUUCACUGCUUGACAAAGUUGUGUGCUUGCAGGUUUCACACAUAGCUGCCCUAUUUAAUUCUUUACCGCGGAGAGGAGAGGAGAGGUAUCACACGAGCUCGCUCGCUGGGGAGGUGCAGCGUGCGGAUAGCGGGACGCUGUGACCGGUCUGAGCUGAAGAAACUGAAGAUACUGGGCUUCAUCUCUUGGGGAGUGAAAGUACCUGGUCUGGGAGAGGCAAGAAGGUCGGGCGCUAAGUAAUGGGUUGUGCCCAAAGCAAGAAGAAGACCAAGGCAAAAGCAGGAGAGAAGAAAAAGGGCGCUCAAGAUGGCAAGGUGUCAUUGGCUGAGCUGGAGGGAGGGCCGGAGUAUCAGCUGGAGCAGUACGAACGUCAGCUGAAGGUCCUGCACGCCCUACUGGCCACGUCCAAGGGCCCCGAGAGAGAUGCCCUACUCCAGGCCCAGCAGGGGGGCCCCCUCUGCAAGGUGGUUCACACCCUCGCUGAAAAGGUGAAGAAUGAGACUGUGUCUGACCUGACCGCAGCUCACCAGGGGGAGCUGAAGAAGAUGACAGAGGAAUACCAAAGCAGAACAGAAGAGUUGAAGAGUCUUCACAGGGAAGAGAAGGUCGCCCUGAAUGCUGCGCAUGAAGCCACAGAGAACAAACUCAAGGGGAGGGUGGAUGAGUUGAUGGUGGAUCUGAAGAUGUUCUACGAUCUCAGACGGCGAGUGGAGGAGUCGACAUUAAAGAGAGACCUGCAGAGAAACAUAGAGACUCUCGGCAGCCCCGGGGAAUUCUGGGAGCAGGAGCAGGAGAGCCUGCUGUUCGUCAUCGAGAUGAAGACUGAGCGUGUGCAGGAACUGAACAACAAACUCAUGCAGAUGGACAUGCUGGUGGAGAAGAAUCUCUCUCUGGAGGACCAAGUGAUCCUUAUCCUGCAGCAGAAUGAAGAUCUCCGGGUCCGGAUAGAGAACUACCAGUCCGUCAUUCAGCAGCUGUCUCGAGACCAGCGCAGCCUUCAGGAGGCUCUGGAGAAGCACUCGUCCGAGACGCAGAAGCUGCAGCAGGAGAAGGACGAGCUGCUCUUCAAGCUGCUGCACAGGGACCCCUGCUCCUCCCCACCCACCACCUUCCACCUCCCCGCCAUCCUCUCCGAGGUCUCCCACAGCUGACUGCCAUACCCCCUCGGUACAACCCUGUGAAACGCUAUCCCCUUUCCACCUUCCACCUGCCCGCUAUCCUCUCCGGGGUGUCCCAGAGUUGACUGCAGAACCCCCACUACACCCCUCGGUGCAUGGGGUCUUUGUAUGGCAUACAGCAAAACUGUUCCUUUGUAUGGCAUACAACAAACCUGCUCCACCUUCCACCACCCCGCCAUCCUCUCCGAGAUCUCCCCCAGCUGACUGCCGUACCCCCUCGGUACAACCCUGUGAAACGCUGUCCCCUUUCCACCUUCCACCUGCCCGCUAUCCUCUCCGAGGUGUCCCACAGCUGACUGCAGUACCCCCACUACACCACUCAGUGCAUAGGGGCAUAGCUUCUGUCAAUUACCCAUACCUCACAUCAUGUUAAAGUGAUAGUGCGCCAUUUCUGGAAAUAAGCAAAUUUUACACCUAUCCUUGAGUUAAAUGUUCGAGUUUUACAGCAAUUCUCAUAGUCUUGUGAUGUUACUGCUACUUCCAAGCUAGCAAUUAUCAUGGCCUGACUCAGAGACUGUCUGGAAGUACAAGAGAAAGAUAAAACUGUAAAAUAAUUGAGCUCAUUUCCUAUCCAGAAAUGGUGCAGUAUCACUUUAGCAUCUCUGUCAAUCCCUCAUGUGGCGUACCCUUCAGCACAUAUUGGUCUCCAAAGUGUGUGCCCACAGCAGACUGCAGUUCCCCUACACUUCCUCUCCUCGCCCCCCACCUCCUAGCACCCCCCAUAUGUCGCCUGUACCUCAGAUCUCAAGCCCCUCCCUACCUCAGCUAACCCUAACUGGCUAUGUGAACUGGCCCUGUGUGUGUAGGUGUGUGUCUGGCACAUGACUGUACAAGUAUGUCGUGGAUCCUGAACU